GUUGGCGAGAAUGCUCAUAAGAUUUCAAUUGAGAAAAGCAAAUAUCUAGGAGGUGAUUUGGAGCAUACACAUCUGGUCAAGGGCUUGGACUAUGCUCUACUUCACAAAGUACGGAGUGAAAUUGAAAAGAAACCUGAGGCAGAGGAUGGGAAGGAUGCAAAGUCAAGGGCAACAAAAGAAGAUCAGGCAUCUGUCUACCAAUGGAUCAUAAAGCCUCAAAGCAUAAUUAAAGAGAAUGAAUUGUUUCUUCCUGGUCGGAUGUCAUUUAUUUACAGCAUGGAGGAGGGAGUAACCAAUGAUAUUCCAACAACUCUUCAUAGGAGCAAAGCUGAUUGCCUGGUUCCAGAGGAGAUGGUAACUGUCAGCGUGGAUGGUUCUGUACUUGACAGGAUUGCUAAAAUUAUGACAUACCUUCGGCUUGGAUCAUCAGGGAAGGUCUUGAAGAAAAAGAAAAAGGGAGAGAGAUAUAAAAGAUAUGCCACCACCACCAGCUCCACCCCAUCGAACAAUAAUUUUAAUGGAAAGGAGAAACAACCAGUCCCUGUUGCAAGAGCAGACGAUGAUGACAUUUUUGUUGGAGAUGGAGUUGACUAUUCAGUUCCUAACAAGGAAAUGAGUCAGAGCCCUGUUUCUGAUAUGGAUGAAUCACCACAUAACCAUCAGAAGCAGUCCAAUUUCACUGAACCCAUGUCCAUGUAUGGCCCAGUACCACCAUCUGAACCUGCUCAAGCUUGGCAACAGCAGAACGGGUAUGAUGCUGUUCAAGCCCAGAUGGCAGCUGCUGGAUAUCAAGGUGACUGGUCAAGCUAUGUGUAUGCAGAACAGCAGUUGGGUUAUCCGGAACAACAAGGAUCGGGUUUUGGUUCUGUUUUCAAACGUGACGAUCAAAGGCUUAAUCAGCUGAGGGAAAAAGAUGCACGGGAGAGAGAUCCAAAUUUUAUUUCAGAUAGUUACUCAGAGUGUUAUCCUGGUUACCAGGAGUAUAAUAAUGAGAUUGCAGGAAGCGAUGAUGAAGAUGAUUUAUCGAAGAUGGAUAUGGGUGGACGGGCGAAGGGCCGCCUUCACAGGUGGGACUUUGAGACUGAAGAGGAGUGGGCCAAGUACAACGAUCAGAAAGAAGCCAUGCCGAAGGCUGCCUUUCAGUUUGGGGUGAAGAUGCAGGACGGCAGGAAGACCAGGAAGCAGAACAAGGACCAGAAGCUCACGAAUGACCUCCACAAGAUCAACAAGAUCCUGGCUAGGAAGAAGGGCGAGAAAGAUGGGGCGGAAGAUGGCGGCCACUACGAUGAUGAUUUACCUAGCUCGAAGAAACAGCGUGGCUGA